AUGACUCUUCUGCGCAUAAGCAAUAUCACCAAGACCUUCGCCGGGGUGCCGAUUCUGCAAGAUGUUUCCUGGCAGAUCGAAGCCGGGCGCAAGAUCGGCCUGGUGGGCGUCAACGGCAGCGGCAAAAGCACCCUCCUCAAUCUCCUCAGCGGCAUGAUGAGCGCCGACCGCGGCGCCAUCGAAAUGGCGCGCCAGAUGCGCCUCGGCUACCUCACCCAGGAAAUGGCGGCCGAGGGCGACCGGACGCUGUACGACGAGGUGCGCGAGGCGUUCCGCCCCCUGCUGGACAUGCAAACGGAGAUGACCCGUCUGGAAACGCGCAUGGCGCAGCAGCAGGCCGACGACGCCGACAUGCAGCGCUACGGGGCGCUGAUGGAGGAGUUCAACGCUCGGCAGGGCUAUGCCAUCCGGGCGCGCGUCGAGGCCACGCUGUCCGGGCUGGGGUUCCGCCCCGAGGCGCUGCAAACGUCGGUUCGGCACCUCAGCGGCGGCCAGAAGAAUAUCGCCGCCCUGGCCCGCGUGCUCCUGCAAGAGCCCGAUCUGCUGCUGCUCGACGAGCCCUCGAACCACCUCGACGUGCAGGCGACGGAAUGGCUGGAAGGCGUCCUGCGGGAUUAUGCCGGCGCCGUCGUGGUCGUGUCGCACGAUCGCUAUUUUCUCGACCGCACCGUCGAUGAGAUCGUCGAGCUGGAGCAGCAAAACCUGCAGCGUUAUCCCGGCAACUAUUCUGCCUAUGUGGUCGCCAAGGCGCUGCGCCGCGAGCAGCAGACAAAGGCGUACGAACAGCAACAGGCCGAGAUCGAGCGCCACGAGGAGUUCAUCCGUCGCAAUAUGGCGGGGCAGAACACCAAGCAGGCGCAGAGCCGCCAGAAGAUGCUGGCGCGCAUCGAGCGGCUUGACAAGCCGGGCGGCGACGGCCGCCGUAUGAACGUGCAGUUCGCCGCCAACCGGCGUGAGAACCACGAGGUGCUGGUGUGCCACAAUCUGCAAAAGCGCUACGGCGACCGCGAGGUGCUGCGGCGCUUGUCGUUUACCGUCUACAGGGGCGAGAAGGUCGGCCUGACGGGGCCGAACGGGGCCGGCAAGAGCACCCUGCUGCGCCUGCUGAUGGGCCAGGAAACGCCCGACGGAGGCGCCCUGCACGCCGGCAGCAACAUUGCCGUGGCGUAUUACGAUCAGGAACUGGGCAGCCUGCAAGCGCGCAACACCGUCCUCGACGAGGUAUGGCAGGCGGCGCCGGAUUGGACGCAGGGCGAGAUGCGCAGCCAUCUAGGCCGCUUCUUGUUUUCGGGCGAUGAGGUGUUGCAGACCAUCGGCAGCCUCAGCGGCGGCCAGAAGAGCCGCGUGGCGCUGGCCAAGCUGAUGCUGACCAAGGCCAACCUGCUGGUGCUCGACGAGCCGACCAACCACCUGGACAUCCCCGCCUGCGAGAUGCUCGAGCAGGCCCUGGCCGACUACCCCGGCACCCUGCUGAUCGUGUCGCACGACCGCUAUUUUCUGGACCGCGUCAUCGACCGGCUGCUGCUCCUGCACGAUGGCACGUGCACGUCGCACGCCGGCAAUUAUUCCGAUUACCAGGCGGCCAUGACGGCCCCGGCGCCCACCCCGGUGGCUAAGGUUCGCAAGAAAGCGCCGCUGCCUCCCCGGCGCCGUGGCGUCAAACGGCGCACGCCGGGCUCCAUCGAGCGUGAAAUCGCGCAGGUCGAGGCGGAAAUCGCCGCUCUGCAGGCCGAAUUGGAUGCCCGUCACGACCCCAGCGACUGGCAGCAGCUUGCCGACAUCAGCAGCCGACAAGGGGACGCCUCGGAACGGCUGCAACAGCUUUUGGAAGAGUGGGAAAACAGCAUGGCCAUCGAAGAAGGGAGCGUGAGUUGA